CCCCCAUGACAUGCGUUCCUUUUAUUCUAUUUCUAACCUGAACGGACCCAUUAUUCUCAACUAGCAGUUUAUUCACCAUGGCAGAAGAUGGUGAAAAUAUUCCUAUGUCGUCACAUUAUUGGCUAUGGAAGAAAAAAAGGAAUUCUAUCUUCCCUGCAGUGGAAAGCAAAAGUGAAAGCAAAACAGGGGCCUGGAUACAAACGGAUUUCCCAUCAAGUUCUCAAGUACCUGAAAAGGGCUUAACAAAUAAUGUGGAGUCCAAAUCACAAUCAAACAUCAUCUCAUGCAUUUCCUUGCCAGGAAGUGUUACUGAUAAUAUAGAGGAGGUACAAGCUCAUUCAUCAAAAAAUACAGUCAUGGACGAGGAAAUCAGACAUGGUUAUCCAAAUUCUCCUGGACAGUUGUUUCCUGACAUUCAGAUGGAUGGAUACCAAUCCAAAGAAGAGCUAUUUUACAUUCCCUAUAGAUUAGCUAAAGUAUAUGUUACCAAGAUUGCAAAAGACAUGCACCAGAUGAAAGUCAGAUAUGUGAAAGUUAUCAAAGAGCUGGAGCAUGUUGGGAAAAAAAGCCAGGAGCAAGCCAUAAUGUCAGUGAAAAACCAAUACAGCGACAAAAUAAAGCACCUGAGAGCUUCUUUGGAAGCCUAUCAAGAAAUGGUAGGAAAAGAAAAGCUAUGCUGGCAAGACACAAGAAAGAAAUUGGAAGAAGAAAAUAGGAAGCUGAGAGAGGAAAAGGAGGACCUCAUGAAUCAGCUCCAAGUGCAAGAUAUGAAUGCAGACAAAGAAAAGGAAGUACAGAAUCAGUCUUGGCUCUUAAAAAGUAUUAUGCAGAAGCUACAUUGUCUGUAUACCGAGCAUAAUUUAACUAUCAAGGAACUUCAGAGAAGUAGACUGGACCUUGAAAAAGUGCAGAAAAUGGUAACUGAAAAUAGAGAAAGAGAGAAGAAUGCAAGAGAAACUAAAUCUGACACUAUAGCACAGAAUGGACAAGAUUGCUUUGUGGUAGAUAUAGAAGAACCACAAGAUUAUUUAUCAGAAGAGAAAUUUCUGUUGGCAAUUAAAGCCAAUCUGGAACAGGUCAAAUCAUCCUUACAGAAACGAGAGACAGAGCUGAAGGACCUUCUACAAAGUAAACACUGGUGUAGCCCUCAACUUCUAGAAACAUGAAUGACACCGUGAGUGGAGAAAGAUCCUUGAAAAUUAGAAGCCUUUGGCUCAACUUCUUCCCUACAACCAAUGCUAAUUCGAAUCAACCAUGGAGAAAAAAGAACACCAUAAAACUGUGCCCUCCAUUCCCACUCCCUGCAACCUGCCAAGAAUGAUACCAUGUUGUUACAUCAAGGAAGACAAAGAUGAUAGCACAUCAAGUGUAACUAAUGCUGUCUUUCUGCUGGGUCCCAAUCUGAAACCUAACUGAAAAGAAUCCAGAUAAUCCACUUCCUCCAGGAAUGUCUGUAACCACAAGCCAAUCACAUUUUGAAGUGAGUUAGGCCAUGUUCAGUUGCAAUCCCAGUACUGUACAAGUAGACCUCGACUUACGACUGCAAUUGAGCCCAAAAUUUAUGUUGUUAAGUGAGACAUUUGUUAAGUAAGUUUUGCCCCAUUUUAUGACCUUUCUAGCCACAAUUGUUAAGU